AUGGCUACAUACAUCUUUCCUUCCUUUUCGUCCGCCUGCCUCGGUGAAAUCAUCCACGUGAAUUAUUCUCUUUCGAGGAAGAGCAAGAGCAAGAGCAAGAGCAAGAGCAAGAGCAAGAGCAAGAGCAAGAGCAAGAGCAAGAGCAAGAGCAAGAGCAAGAGCAAGAGCAAGAGCAAGAGCAAGAGCAAGAGCAAGAGCAAGAGCAAGAGCAAGAGCAAGAGCAAGAACAAGAGCAAGAGCAAAGACGCUGGGACGGGAUUCUCCAAAUUUCAGCAUGUUUUCUCCAGGGUAAGACUCGAAGAUAUCAUGGAAGGAACGGACAAUUGGCGGGAGGCGUGA